UUGACAUAACCUUGAUGAUUAUGUCAACGUCAUAAAAAUUUGAGGUUAUGUCCACGUCAUGAUAAUGUGAGGUUAUGAAUCUGUUUUGAUUAAAAAAAUAAUAGUCCAAACUUUUGGGGCCCAUAAGAGUCUUAAAACGAAAAAAAUGUUCGAUAUUCCCGAGGAAAAACUGCCCCCCUGCCUAAAAGACGAUAACAGACUGAACGUGUUGUUUGCACCACUAAGAAAUAAGAGCGUCAACCCAAAGGAUUGGGAAGAUAAAAUUUCCACUUGGAAAACCGUUAUAAGGGUCUAUUGCGAGACGAACAACGUCUACUGCUUCACCUUGGCCUCUCUGAACAGCGUCUUCGUUAGGCACGGAAGGCCACCCCCUUGUCUUAAUGAAGUCAUUGCGGACAUGGUAAGAAACCGAGAGGUCCAACCCGUAGAGGUUUUCCUUCAGAAAACUACGUCCCUUUCCUGGAGCGGUUGGUUAAGCGAGGUGGUCAUUAAGGGACCCUUGAAAUGGUCAUAUUACACAAUGAAGAAUGUCAUGGUUCAAAACGCUAACGGGCAGUAUGUUCACCUUGAUGUAGUGAGGAGUAAAAGCGAGGAGCUACUGCACACUUUGCCCCAAACGUAUCUGAACAAAAUAAUGAGUUUAAGGGAGUUGGUGUCUUUGAGUAAGGAGUUUAAGGAUGUAGAGGGAUUGAAGCUGUUAUUGCACCAUUUGGAGGGACAAAAUAAGGUGUCGAUCAAGACACUGUCCAGCCAUAAGGCUGAUAACGAGUUGGACACUUUACUGUUAAAAUUCGGGGAUGGAGUGACCCCCAUUAGUGAGGUAGAUGUUGCUAUUCAUACUUUAGAGAGAAACGAAAGGGCUUUAUCUAAAACAGUUGAGAAUCUAGAGGAUGAAAUUGAUAAAUGUGUCGACGAAGCCAAGAGCCAUUUGAAGAAGAAACAUAAGCAACUGGCAAAAAGUUGCCUAGUGAAAAAGCACCAACUGGAAAAACAGUUGGACAAGAAUGCCAACGCUUUACACAACGUCCAGAACUGUCUGGAACAACUUAAAGGCACGCACACCAACGCCCACGUGUGGGAGGCCUACAAGGAUGCUCUUAAAGCCUUUGACACCACUUACAAGAGCACAGGCAUUAGUGAGGAGGCCGUUGAGGAUACCAUGUUGCAGUUGGGAGAGGUUCUGGAUGCGCACGAUGACAUUCAGUCAGUGUUGGCCCGUUCUCCCACGGGGAAUGAUGAUGUCGAGGAACUGGAGAGGGAGUUGGAAGAGUUGAUGGCUUCGGAGGAAAAUCCCCCUCCACCACCACCAGAUGAGGACGAUUUGGAGAAACGGUUCAACAGUUUAAGGAUCAAAUUACCGGAAGUGCCCGGUGAUGGUAGUCCGGAUGUUUCCGUGGAAGAAGCGCCGUUGAACCAUUGAAGAAUGGUGGUGAUAGAAGUGAGUCAUGAUUGAUUGGUUAGUUUUCUUUUUUUUUUGUAAUAAAUAUUAAACUUAUUAUAUGUA